GGGACGAGGGGGAGAAGGCGGAAGUGCUGUGGAGCCGGUGCCGGCGGAGGGCCCUGGGCUGCUCCCUGAUGGUGUGUGGCGGCUGCUGGCCCCAGGCGCGCUUGCUUCAGGCUCACUAUGGCGACGGCGGCGGCGGGGGGAGCCGGCCAGGAGAAACAGCUCGCUCCGACCCUGCUCAGUUUCUUCAUCUACAACCCCAAACUGGGCCCCAAAGAGGGAGAGGAAGAAAAGAAGAUUCUCUUCUAUCACCCAAACGAAGUAGAAAAGAAUGAAAAAAUUAGAAAUGUGGGACUAUGUGAAGCUAUAGUACAAUUCACAAGGACCUUUAGUCCAACAAAACCUGCAAAAUCCCUACAUACGCAGAAGAAUAGACAAUUUUUCCAUGAACCUGAAGAAAACUUCUGGAUGGUCAUGGUUGUACGGAAUCCCAUAAUAGAAAAACACAAAGAUGGAAAGCCAGUCUAUGAAUAUCAGGAAGAAGAAUUACUGGACAAGGUCUAUAGUUCUGUCCUACAGCAGUGCUACAGCAUGUACAAGCUUUUCAAUGGCACAUUCCUGAAAGCCAUGGAAGAUGGAGGUGUAAAAGUUCUAAAGGAGAGACUAGAGAAAUUCUUCCAUCGGUACUUGCAGACACUGCAUUUACAGUCUUGCGAUCUGUUGGAUGUGUUUUGUGGGAUCAGCUUCUUUCCACUGGAUAAAAUGACUUACUUGAAAAUUCAGUCAUUUAUUAAUAGGAUGGAAGAAAGCCUGAACAUAGUCAAGUAUACUGCAUUUCUCUACAAUGAUCAGCUUAUCUGGAGUGGACUGGAACAAGAUGACAUGAGAAUUUUGUACAAAUAUCUCACGACAUCUCUCUUUCCACGGCACAUGGAGCCUGAGUUAGCAGGAAGAGAUUCUCCUAUACGUGCUGAAAUGCCAGGAAAUCUACAACACUAUGGAAGGUUUCUUACUGGACCUUUAAAUCUUAAUGAUCCGGAAGCAAAAUGCCGUUUCCCCAAAAUUUUUGUUAACACUGAUGACACUUACGAAGAGCUUCACUUAAUUGUUUAUAAGGCCAUGAGUGCAGCUGUCUGCUUUAUGAUUGAUGCUUCAAUUCCACCUACGCUGGAGUUUUGCCGUAAACUGGACAGCAUUGUUGGGCCUCAACUCACCGUCUUAGCGUCGGACAUAUGUGAACAAUACAACAUCAACAAGAGAAUAUCAGGGGCUGAGAAGGAGCCUCAGUUUAAGUUUAUCUAUUUCAAUCACAUGAACCUGGCAGAGAAAAGUACCAUUCACAUGAGGAAAACACCCAGUGUAUCACUUGCAUCUGUUCACCCUGACCUCAUGAAGAUUCUCGGUGACAUCAACAGUGACUUCUCCAGAGUUGAUGAAGACGAGGAAAUUAUUGUGAAGGCAAUGAGUGAUUACUGGGUAGUUGGGAAAAAGUCUGACCAGCGAGAACUGUAUGUUAUUUUGAAUCAAAAAAAUGCAAAUCUGAUUGAAGUUAAUGGUAAGGAUUGUUUUUUAUUACCUUUAAAUACAGUUACUACUAAAAUGUAUGUCCCUGGAGAAGUAAUAAAAUCCAUCUCACAAGAAAUCUAGAGAGGGAUUGAUCUAUGAUAGACCAGAAGAAGUGAAGAAACUUUGUGCAACACAGUUUAAUAAUAUUUUCUUCUUGGAUUGAUCUGCAAAGGGCUGAUUUAUUGAAGAUGUCAAUGUCAGACACUUGUUCAACACGAAAAGUUAUUAGUCAUAUUAUUGACUGGAAUAAUGACAAUAGUAAAGCAAUACUUGCUUUGUAAGAAUCAAAAUUUAUACUAAAAUCUGUAAACUCUGAUCAUAAAAUUUUUAGAUUUUAAAAAUGUUUAUGUGCAAACUAAUUAAAAACCAGUCCAAAUUCAUCUGUACCAUUCCAUUCCAAUAUCGUUAUGUGAAUAUUUUACUGGAAAAUAAAAUUAAUAAUUGUUACACUUUUAAGGGCA